GGGCGGGCGAAUUCAAACCUGCCUCUCGCCCCUUCUCUCCGCUCGGGUGGCAGUUGCGCUGACGUCAUUGCGCCGCGUCCUUCUUCUCUGCGGUUUCCGGCGCUCGCGCGCGCGGAGCGGGCGGGCCGGGACUCGCCCGCGCCCUCUCUUCUCUCCCGCCGCCCCCGCGGAGCGGGCGCGCGGCGCCGGCGAUGGCUGCGGGGCGCCCGGAGGCGGCGGCAUCGCGGGUGGCGGAGCUGGAGGAGGCGGUGCGGAGCCUGGCGGAGGAGCUGAGCCACUGCCAGGCUGAUAAAGAAUUUGUAUGGUCUUUGUGGAAGCGUCUUCAAGUCUCAAAUCCAGAUAUUACACAAGCUGUCAGCUUGAUUGUGGAAAGAGAAAAGCAGAAAGCUGAAGUCAAGGACAGAAAGGUAUUAGAAAUUUUGCAAGUCAAAGACAGCAAAAUAGAAACCCUAGAACAGAGACUCUCGGGACAGCAGCAGGAGAUAAACAGCUUAAAACAGAGAAAGAUUGUUGUAGAUGAGGAAAAUGCCCAUUUGAAGAAUGAAUUCAGUAACUUGAACCAGAAAUUUAAAGAUAAAAGCCAGGAACUUAAGGACACUGAGGAGUGUGCACAGAAGAAGGAAGAGCAAAACAGACUCGUUAUAAAAAACCUGGAGGAGGAAAAUAAGGGAUUAAAUACACGCUGUGCUGACCUGCUAAAUGACCUGGAGAAACUGAGGAAGCAGGAGGCACAAUGGAAAAUAGAAAUAUCUGGCACUGAUGCCAAAAUAAAGAAUUUGGAAACCGAUUUAACAGAGGCAAGAAAACAAAUGAAAGAGUUGCACAGUAAAUGCAGUAACUUAUCAUCUCAGCUAGCUGUGAAGCAGGAAGAACUCUCCCAAAAGGAUUAUGAUAUGGCCAGAGCAAGGAAAGAGUUACUGGAGCUGCAGAAUCUUUACAGACAAAACUCUGAGCAUACAGCACAGCAGGCUGAGCUGAUCCAGCAGCUUCAGGUUCUUAAUACAGAUGCACAAAAAGUACUGAAAGAUCAAGAAGAUGCCCAUACAGCUGAAACAAUGUCGUAUCAAAAACUCUAUAAUGAAUUGACUUUAUGUUUUGAAACUGCUAAAACACGUGAAAUCCAGCUGCAGCGAAGCUAUGCCUCUCUUCAGGAUCAGUUACUUGGAAAAGAUCAAAAGAUUUGUCAGUUAGAAGAGCAACUUCAGCAGGCUUGUGAUACAUUAAAUGCAGUACAUCAGAAUCCAAAACAUGAAGAACAGGCAUUUCAACAGCCAGCUUUAAGUGAGCUGGAGUGUCUUAUUGCAACACAAAAAUCUGAAAUUGAACUUUUACAGGAAAAAUUGAAAAAAGGAAGUCUUAACCUAGCAGAGCACAAUCUGCACAUCACAGAUAUCCUGGAAAGCAACAACGUAAGGACCGAAAGAAAGCAUGAGGAACCACCUGUGAAACGUUCAAGGUCUCUGUCCCCAAAGAGCUCUUUUAGAGAGUCAGAGGAGCUAAAGAAGCUUAAAAUAGCUGAAAGGAAGAUUGAAAACUUAGAGAAGACACUACAGCUAAAGACUCGAGAAACUGAUAAGCUAAGAGCAGCCCAUGAAAAACGCAAAGAGAGGCUGCAGAUGUUACAGACCAACUACAGAGCACUAAAAGAGCAAUUAAAGCAGUGGGAAGAGGGCGAUAGCAGGACUGAAGGCAGUAAAAGCAGACACCAGCGUGCAGACCCCCAUCAGCUUUGUCAAGAGGAUUCUGAUGCUGUAUGGAAUGAACUGGCUUAUUUCAGAAGGGAGCACAAAAAGCUAUUGAUUGAAAAACUGGCUCUUGAAGAAGAAUUGGAUCAGAUGAAAGUACACCACUCUAUGGAGCUACUUUUUAAAAUUAGUGAAGAUGAUGGGGUCAAGAACAGUACUCCAAAGAAGAAUACAAAAGAAAUUUCGGAUCAGACAUUACAGAAGGUACAUCAACUAGAAAGAAGAUUCAAAGGCAUUGGAGGGCAAUUAAAGAAACUGAAAGAAGUAAAUAAAGAGUUACUGAAGGACAAAAAUGAUUUGAAAGCAUCUUUAGAAGUGCAAAAAGAAGAUGCAGACCUGAGAGAAAGAGAGCUGGAAAAGCUACAUAAGAGAAUUUGUGAAACAAAGGAAGACAAAGCAGAACUUCAGUUAGUGAUUGAUGAGCAGGAAAGAGAAGUUGCCAUUUUGAAGAGGCAAGUGGCAGAAGCUAACAGGUUGAGAAAUGAAAAUGAAUAUUUGCUGAGUCAGGUGCAGGAACUGAAGUGUUUGUUGGAUGAAGCCAAAGCACUGGCAACCUGUGGGCAAUGUAAUUGCAAGAUAACAAGCAGCAAGGUUAAAUUAAAAACAGCCAAGAAAAAGAGCUCUUUGGGACAUCAUGGAGCUUUUCUCAAACAGUCCAUCAAGGUUAUGAGUAAUGUAUUUGAGAACUUCAGUAAGGACGGCUGGGAGGAUGUGAGUGAAAGCAGUGAUUCUGAAAUACCAACUUCUGAAUGUUUGGGAACAGUGAUUAUUGAAACAAUGGAGAACAUUGAUCCACUGGCAGACAGAAAUAAACAACAGGAGAAAAAGCAAAUACAAGAAGAUCAAAUGCUUUGCAACAUGGCUCAUUUAAAAGGCAAAAGACAGCAGUAUAAUAAAAAGGGCCAAUCACAAAAUAAGGACCUAGAAAAGUUGCAUUCCAAAAGGAAGAAGAUUUACUGUCUCUUAACAGCCCAUCCAUCAGUUCUAAACAAAGUGAACAGAGAAAAAAGGAGAAAUAUCACAGUCCAGAAGCCAGGCUACUCUGCUACUCUGUUGCGGGAAAGAAUCAAGUCAUUGCAGCAGCAGAUAGCUGUUCUGCAAAAUGAAAAAAAGACAGCAGUAUCUUCUUCGAAAGGAUUUAAAGAAGCCAAUGAAAAACUAACAGCUCAGCUACAUUUGGCUGAUCAAAGACUUCAAACUUGUAAACAGACCAUACAGACGUUGACCUCUGACUUGGCCAAGUGGCAGCAAGAGAAGGAAGAUUUACAGGAAAAACUGAAGUUGAGAGAACAUCUGUCUCAAACUGCUAGCAAGAAUGAAGCAACACCAGCUCCCUCAAAGAACAUAGAUUUAGAGAUGAAACAGCUGCAGUGCAAACUGAAGAAUUCGAAUAAUGAAAUCAGUAAGCAAUCAACUACCAUUAAGUCACUGAAAAAUGAAGUCCAGGAUAAGGAAGAACGGAUACAAGAACUACAAGUAAAGAUUUCUCGAAUGGAGAGGGACCUUAAUAUGAAAAGACAUUUGAUAGAAGACUUGAGGUCUCGGCUAAAAGCAAAUCAAGAAAAUGAGAAAACCUAUAAUGAAACAUUACAAAGUCUUGAAAGAAAGGUAAAGGCACUGACUGAAGACUGUUCAAACAAAAAGACUUCAAUUGACUCACUGAAACAAAGGCUUAAUGUAGCUACCAAAGAAAAGUCUCAGUAUGAGCAGUUGUAUCACAAGGCUAAGGAUGAGUUGGAGAAAAAGCAUCUCAAACUUACCAAUCUAGAGAGCAAAAUGAUUGAGACUGAAUGUGCCAUGACUGCACUUGAGACUACUGCAUCCCAACAGCUCCAUGGCUUGGCAAAACAAAGUGGACAGGCUUUGGAAACUGUACAAAAGAGGCUGCUGCUCGCCAAUGACAAAGUAGAAGAGUUCACAGUGUUUGUGAAGGCUCUAACCAGAGAGUUACAGCAGAGCAUACAAGAGCUGAGAACAAAAAUCAAACAGGCAAAAAAAAAGGGAGAAGUGCGAACAUGCAAAAAAGGUCUUUCCCAAGAGUGUGUACAGCGAGCCCAGUCCUUGGCAGCAUCUAUCCUUAAUGUUUCAAAAACUGAUCUUGAGGAGAUAUUAGAAGCAGAAGAUGAUGAGGAAACAGCAAAGACAAAAAUGGAAGCUGAAAAAGAUAAAGAAUGGCUGCACUAUAUACAGAAACUUCUUGAAGCACAGUUUCCCUUUGCCUCGUAUUUAAUGGAUGCCAUACUGGAAAAAUUAAAUGAGAAGAAGAAACUGGUAGAAGAGUACAGUUCUGUCAUGAAGCACACUGCAUGAUAUUGCCAAGAUGUAUGUUUGCCAAGAGUGACUGAAAAAUGUGUGCUGUUUCCUGAGUUCUUUCCUCUUCACAGAAAGAACUAUCAAUAGGCACGUUCAAUACAUAAGUAGAAACUGUGAACCAAUUAAUUGUUGAACAAGAGGAAUUAAUUACAUUUCUAUUUAGAAAGGAAGGAGUGUAGUGUUAGAGUGCUCAAGACAAAAAUUGCUGCAAAUCAAUGCAAAGUUAAAAAUGAUUUUCCUUUAUGUGCAUUAACAAUGAACAUCAGUGCAAGCUUUGAAGAGACAGGAUGUUUUUGAUAAGACCGAUACACGUCUGUACAGUUCAGUAAGUACAGAAAACAGCCAAGUAACUCCUGCUUGUCCAAGUCAGAACAGUAGAGCUGGGAUUUACAAAGGAACUGGGAAUUGGUAUACCUUACUUCUUUUGGCUUCUUUUUAAAUCCCAGCUUUAUUAUAUAUGCUAAAUAAAUUGAUACACUCUUUUUAUGCCGAGAAAAAAAGAAAAGUGAGAAAAUCAAGACAGACAAUUCAGAGUAGAGUAAUAACCCCAGGAAAAGCUGUAUUUUUCUUUUAGUAGAGUGUAUUGUGUGCAAGGUAUUUAAUUGUAUUUAAGAGAUUUAAUACAAUAAAGUUAUUUCCAGUA